AGCUACUGUAGCUCCAUUCAGAGAUGAUAUCAGCCAGCCUUCCCUGUGCCCAUCUAUUCUUCCUCAUGGCUUUUAUUCAAGUUUGAUUAUGAAAGCUGAACAUGUCCUUUUAACCAGUGCAAAGCUCUGCAGCAUUCCUCAGAGUAUUCUGCUGUCUAAGGCCUUCGUGAGGGGAAAACAUUGAACCAUUGGACUUAAACACCACACCCAUGAGCAGGAGUCACCUGAUCUGCUGUCAGUAAGAACACAGGAGUGGCUGGAUAACUUCCAUUACAGAAGAAAAGCUUUCUGCAGGUCAUGGCCUCCAACAUGUUACCAGAAAAACAGUUCUACUGUCCCGUCUGUGAGCAGGUGUUCACAGACCCGGUGACGACUCCCUGCGGACACAACUUCUGCCAAACCUGCAUUCAGAGCAAGUGGGAAGGUACUGACAUCUGCCAGUGCCCCGCGUGUGACAGGUCGUUCCCUUCAAGGCCUGAAAUAAGCAUAAAUAUAGCUUUCAAAGAGCUCGCAGACACAUUCAAACAGAUGAUAGUCUGCUCAUCGGCCGCGCCGCUGUCUUCAGCCCAGCCGGGUGAGGUGGUGUGUGAUGUCUGUGCCGCCACAUCCCUGCAGGUGAAAGCACUGAAGUCCUGCCUGGUGUGUCUGACAUCGUACUGUGAAUCCCACCUGGAGCCUCACAAGAGGGUGGUCACCCUGAAGCUGCACAAGCUCAUGGAGCCGGUGAAGAACCUGCAGGACAGGAUGUGUAAGAAGCACGAGCGGCUGCUGGAGAUGUUCUGCAGGGAUGAGCAGAAGUGUGUGUGCCAGUUCUGCACUGAGACUGAGCACAGAGAUCACAAGGUUGUUUCCGUAGAGGACGAGAGCACGGAGAGGAAGGUCCUUAUUAAGAAGAGUGAGGCUGAUUUUCAGCAGAUGAUCCAGGAGCGACUGAAGAAAGUGGAGGAGAUCAAAAACUGUUUGAAGCUCAGCACGGUAAGUGGAGAGAUGGAGGUGAAGGAGAGCGAUCGUCUCUUUACGUCUCUGAUUCAUACCAUCAAGGAGAGACAGACUGAAGUGAAUGCAGAGAUAAAGGAGAAGCAGAAGGCAGUGGAGAGGAGGGCGGAGGAGCUCAUCAGUGACCUGCAGCAGGAGAUCACUGAGCUGCAGAGGAGAAACACGGAGAUGGAGGAGCUGAAGAAUACUGAGGAUCACCUGCACCUCCUACAGCAUUUGCCCUCUAUUACAUCACCUCCACCCACAAAAGAGUGGAUGGAGAUCAACAUACCACCUGAGCUCUGUGUGGGGACGGUGCGGAGAGCGUUGUCUAAAGUUGAACGGACCCUCAUGAAUGACAUGGACAAUUUGAAGAAAGAAGAGAUGAAGAGGAUGCAGAAAUAUGCAGUUGACGUGGUUUUAGAUCCGGACACUGCCCAUCCAAACAUCGUCUUGACAGCUGACGGGAAGCAAGCAGGUCGUGGCGAGCUUCUUCACGUUGUUCCGGACAACCCCCAACGCUUCGACCCCGUCAUCUGUGUUCUGGCCAAGCAAGGCUACAUCUCGGGGAGGUUCUACUUUCAGGUUUUAGUCGGUCAGAAGACCUUCUGGGAUCUGGGCGUGGUCAAAGGGUCUGUCAACAGGAAGGGCAUGAUCACCUCCAAGCCAGAGAACGGCUACUGGACAGUGCGCUUGAGGAACGGCGAUGAGUAUCGAGCUUUAGACUCCCCCUCAGUCCGUCUUCCUCUCAAGGAGAAACCGGAGAUUGUGGGGGUCUUUACGGAUUACGACGAGGGAACCGUCUCGUUCUUCGACGUGGAGGCCAGAUCUCACAUCUACACCUUUACUGGGUGCCUUUUCUCUGAGAAAGUCUAUCCCUUCUUCAGCCCGGGCGUUUGCGACGAAGGAAAAAACAAAGGGCCAUUGAUUAUCACAACUGUCAACCAAGAGUCAUAGACUGGAAGAGCCUACACCUGCUUUUUAAAGAUGCAAGGGAUGUUUUAUCUUUACUAAAGUCGAAUAUUAAUAUUAAAGCUUUUUUGGUAUUUGGGUUCUAUGGAACAUAUAAAUCUGAAUGUUUCACGGUUUGAAGUAUUGAUGUGAAUGGUGACAGUGGUGCUUAAAUGAAGAGCCUUUCUCUAAAAUAUUUGUUGAACUUGUUCUAAAAGGUUUUUUUUGGACUAAGUUGCACUAACAGCAAGAAAUGUUUCUUUUUUUCAUAUUGUGUUUUUAACAAAUCAUCGCCCAUGACGUGAAAGAAGCCACAAUAAAGCCCAAUCUCCUGUUUCAGAUGCAAUUUUUUAUUUCUUCUAGCUAUUUGGGAUUAAUUGGCCCUGACUAAGCUUCAUCUUUGCAUCUUUGAACAGAAAGUGUUUGGGUUCUUUUUAGUUUGAUGAGUGUAUUUUAGAACGUAAUUAUUUAAGAAAUAUAAAACAUUUUAAUGCGCAGAUUGGAGUAUAAGGUGCAGAAAUGCAGGAUGAGAUAUAGUUAUAGUUAAGUAAGAACUAUAUGUCAUCCUAAAUGUAAAAUGAAUGAAUACAGAAAUCAAUUUAAACUUCAUCCCACUCACGUUCAAAAACAUGCAACACUAACCCUGUAAAGUCAAAUGUAUUAUAUUUGGUCCAUCCCAUUUUAAGACUUAAGUAUGAUUUUUGAACCCUAACCCUCUUUAUUUAAGUUUUCAAGAUAAACAAACUGUACACAAAAAUGCCAAAGGUAGUAAAUAUUAAAACUCCUAUAUACAAAUUGGUAUUUAAUUUAUUCAUUUUUAAAUUUAAUGAACACGUCAGCUUCAAAACAUUAGAAUUUUCUGGCAAUUAUUUCAUGCUUCAGGCUUUACAGGGUUAAAAUUAUGUAAAAAAAAAAAAAAAAUUGAGGCAAAAAAUGUCAAAAAGCACAAAAACAUCUUUAAUGUUAAAUGAGCGACAAACUAAAUGCACUUAAAUGCUUGACAAAAGUGUCUUAUUGUAUAACCUGCCCUUCUCAUAAUGCAGCAGUGAUCCAGAAUGCUGCUGCCACACCUGAAUUUGUAUUCAAAUUGUAUUUUAGUUACACAGUGUAUUUAACGUUAUAAUGUUUAUUGGUGCUCAGUAAUUCAGUACAGUGAUGCAGAGACAUGCGCCUUUGAGUCUGACCCUACUUCACUUGUUUACUUGUGCUUAUUUAUUAUGGUUGUUGUUAGUUAAUUAAAAAAAGAGAGAAAUUGCCAGAAUAAGGCUGUGACUAUGUUUUGAUCAGUGUUUUGUGGUGAUUUGUUUUUUAAAUAAAUGUUUGCAUCAGCCCCA